AUGUCAUCGUCAGAAGCGGUGAAGGCGCUUGCAUCCCUGACGAAGGAAGAGCUCAUGCAGCGCGUGUUAGAGCUGCAAGGGAAGAAUGCGGAGUUGUACGACGAGGUAGAACAGUUGCGGCAGCGCCUCUCGCAAAACAGGAUUCCGGACGUCAGCAACCCUCGUGUUUCGAUUCGCCAUUCGUGUGAUGUCGGUUCGUGUUCGCCCAGCAGGUUCAGUACGCUGGCAAGUAGCGUGGGGGGACAAUACGGGAGCUACACUGUUUCGCUCUCCGUUCUCGUAAUCGAGAACGGUAACUCCAUGACUGUGCCACUCUCUUCUAUUCUGGACAAAAGCUACAAGCGGCCGGACAUGCGCGAACCGGAUACCCCUGCCGUUUCCAUGUCAGCAAUGCGCGAUGAGUCCGACCCGCACGGGCGCUUUUCCGCAGACCACUGUGACAUCAUUCGUUCCCCAAGUAUGGGAAUUGAUGGGCCUGCUGGCGGUGGUGCAGAGCUGCGUGGUGUCACGUUCGGUGCUGCUGCUGCAGCGGCUGUUUCCGCCACCUCAGGUUGUGGGGGUUGCAGACCGUCCAUAAUGGUUGGUUUCAGUCGGGCCGACGACCAGAGCGAGCCCCCUCCUCGCGAUCCUAGUUCGUGUCGGCCGCCGAUGUCCGUGCAACCGAUAUCUGCGAGCCUUGAUGCACCUCGUCAUGAUAUCCAGCGGUUUAGUAGUGGACGACCGCUCGGUGUGCGCGAGGGCUCCUUAGCAUCAGAUGGCCUGGUGUCCCACAGGACGCUACGUACCUUUAACCAACAAGUUAUUGACGGCUAUAGUGCACCCUCACCCAUGUCUUCUCGAGGUAGUGCGGUGUUUCAUUACAUCGUGAGAAACUUUACGCUGAAUAAUGAGUGCAGGCACAACUCCGACGACGUGGAGGGUUUUGGUCGGGCACUUUGCAGUCUUUGCGAAGAGGUUAAGCGGGUGUUGAAAAGCGAACCACGCCAUGGAAGCAGUUAUUCUCCGUGCUAUGUCUUUGGCGACAUCCACGGAAACUUCAUUGAUCUUUUCUAUUUUCUGGACAACCUAAUUUCGUUUCAGGACCUUCGUUACACGCCGCAUCGCUUUGUGUUCCUUGGGGAUUACGUUGACCGUGGCCCCUUCAGUGUAGAAGUCGUUGCCUACCUUUUUGCCAUGAAGGUAUUGGCCCCGGACAAGGUACUUCUCCUUCGUGGAAACCACGAAGACAGUCUCGUAAGCGGUGAUAUCGCAGGUUAUGGUCACACGAGCUUCCGUGCACAAUGCCGUGAGUUGUUUGGAUUCACAUUAGGUGAGGAAGUGUGGAACUGCGUGAGCGAUACCUUCGCCUAUCUCCCACUCACCGCAAAUAUUGAUGGAAAGAUAUUCUGUACGCACGGGGGUAUUCCGCGAUAUAGCGGUGGUGCAGACGAUCGGUUGUCACAGCUGAGCCGUGGGGAUUUCCCUGUGAUGCGGACCUUGUUCCAGGCGCCUGCCGAUGAAACGCCUCAGCAGAGACAACUGCGGCAACUUGCAAUGGACACCUGUUGGGCGGACCCUGCGGAGGAUGAAACUCAACUCGACCGGUGGGGUUUCGGCGACAACCCCCGCGGCCGGGGUGUCAUCCUUUUUGGUAGUAAAGCCGUUGACGACUUCUUAGGCAACCAUAACUACGAAUACAUUUUUCGUGCUCACCAGGAGAAGUCGGAUGGGCUGAAGCUCAGCAAGAACGCAAGAGUGUUCACAAUCUUCAGUACCAGUGCUUACGUAGGACACGAGAAUGGGGCGGGAGUAGUAUUGGUGGCAGAUGGGAAAAUUAGGUUGAUUAUAAAAAAUGCGGACAGUAUCGAAAUGGACCCGGAAACCAACGUUCGCACAGCUCACGGAAACGAGGAACUGGAAAACGGGCCGCGGUGA